UGUUCGACGUCUUCCCAAGACAGUGGCAACUUUGCGGUUUCCAACUCGGGGAAAGUCCUUUAAUAGUUGUCUUUCAUCGUUUCGCUUUUACAUUUUACCGGCAAAGUUUGUCGGUAGUAAUGUCGGCACAUGAAGAGGAUUUAGAAAAAUAAUUAAUAGGUUAACAUUGCGUCAAACGAAGCUAACUGUUGAGCACCAGUGCUGGUGUGUGACAACUGGAGAUGGGAGAUCCGGAGCCUCCAGUGUUUGGGUCCCUGGAGGAAGAGCUGGAGUACUGGAAGGAACAGGCUGCCAGGCACCAACAGAGUGCAGAGGAGGCCCAGGAGGAACUGCAGGAGUUUCAGCAGAUGAGUCGGGACUAUGAGGUGGAGCUGGAGACGGAGCUGAAACAGUGUGAGGCACGAAACCGUGAGCUUCUUGCUGCCAACAACCGCCUCCGCAUGGAACUGGAAAACUACAAGGAGAAGUAUGAGACUCAGCACUCGGAGGCCUUCCGGCAGAUCUCCAGCCUGGAGGGAGACCUGGCUGAGACCACAGCCAUCAGAGACCAGCUUCACAAAUACAUCAGAGAGCUGGAGCAGGCCAACGAUGACCUGGAGAGGACCAAGAGGGCAACCAUCAUGUCACUGGAGGACUUUGAGCAGAGGAUGAACCAGGUUAUAGAGAGGAACGCCUUCCUGGAGAGCGAGCUGGACGAGAAGGAGAAUCUCCUGGAGUCUGUCCAGAGGCUGAAGGACGAGGCCAGAGACCUGAGACAGGAACUCGCGGUGCAGCAGAAACAGCAGGUACAGGACAGGAAGCCGUCCCUCAGCAGUGCAGUCAAAGAGCCUUCGUCUUCGUCUUCGGCUGGUUUUCCCACCCCGCCCCUCACCCCUCCAGUCAAAAGAACCGAGGAAAAAAACACUCCUGCGUCCUCUAACCAGCCGGUCCCAUCUGCCGCCACACCACGAAGACCUCCAGGCUCAGCAGAGUCCUUCACCACUCCACUGACCCCCAUCAGCAGAGGUGAAAGCCUCCCUGGGACUCCCCUCACCACGUCGGCCAGGAUCUCGGCUCUGAACAUUGUUGGAGAGCUGCUGAGAAAAGUCGGGAACCUGGAGUCUAAGCUAGCGUCCUGUCGGGAAUACGUCCACGAGCAGACAGCGAACCGCAGAGGCCACGCUGGUGGACAGGGGGCGGCGUCGGGCCAGAACAACUCCUCCGAGACCCAUCCUACUAAUGGCUUCUACAACAAGGGGCUGGUGAAGAGGUUAGACUUCGGAGGGGGACCCAAGCUGCUGCUGUGAAAGUGGAAACGUCCUCCGCCUCCAUCUUUAAUCCUCCUCUGAGCUGCUCGUUUCUUCCUGUCCUGCAUCUCCCAAACAUUUAACGGUACUGUGUGUUCAUCACACGCGCCGCUCUCACCGGGAGCUGCAGCGAUGAAACGGAUAGAUACGUUUGCUACGGCUACUUUGGGAUGUUUGUUUACCAGCUCUGCACAGUCAGAGUUUUUUGUUUGUUUGUUUGUUUGUUAGCAGGACUUCCUUUCAGCACUCGCACUUACCUUGAACUCACUUACUGGACUUGUGCUGCAUGUCACACCUCCUCACCUGCUUUCUUUUCCUUUACCAAGUGUUUUUGCUCUUUUUUUUUUUUUUUUUUGCUUAAAAGGUGUGUUAAGACUAAACACAAAGCAAAUUUUAGACACGACAUAACUACAUACAAAAGACACUAACAGAUGUUGGUUGACGUUGAGAAGAUACGCUUCCACUCUAGGUAAUAGAUUUUGAACUUUCAGUAAAGAAUCUGCGGUUAUCCUAAAGCUGUAGCUGUACUACUUAAUGUCAGGGUUUCUUUUUUUUACACUUAUAUGCCACAUAUUUGUUGGUCAGAUCCCAAAUGUGAUGUGUUUUUUCCCGGCUUCAUGCAAAUCAGCCGGCCCAGGAGUGGUGGUACUGCACAAUAUAACCGUGCGCACUUUAGCAUUUUAGUUACCACAAUUACCAGUUAGCAACUCUCCAGCUCAAACACACGAAUGAAUCGUAUUUAUGAACUACGAGCGAGACAGAAGCUUUAUCGUCUUCAUGGGCUCCCGAGGUGGAUUUCAGUCCGUCUUGAAUGCUUCAUGGAUGCAUUUACAGUUUGCUUUCUAGAUAUCUGACCACUGUCUGAUCCGUCCAAGACACAUGAGGUGACCAAGUGUGAGUUGGGUCAACCAACAAAAAGGGAAACUAGAGAAACAGGUAGAGUUCCUGUUUUAGUUUUAACAUCGGACUGAGCCGUAGCAGUUGGCACCUUCACGUUCAUCGAUUGUUAAACACAGUUUUCUAAACACGCCACAACCAAAGUGAAUAUUUGCGUGAUGUUUAGUUUAAACACACCUUAAGGGCGUUGUCUUUCUGAACACUGGAGGGGCACUUUUCGUUGGGGCAGCACAGUCGGUCUGUUCCUUUGUCCUCAUGAAAUACACAUUAUCACUUGAUGGUUUAUAUAUUCUCUCUCCGCAGUUGCAUUUGACAAAAAAAGCGAGAAAAUAAUCUGCUGUUGAUGAAAAUAAUAGUAGAUUCAGACACGCAUAUGUUAAAACACCCCUCUGUAAGCCUUAGGGUUUUAAUGAACUGUGUUUUUAUAUCACUAUGACACAUGUCUUCAGAAAACAACGUAAAUUACUCAUUAAACUUAUAAAGUUGUGUGUGGGGGGGGGGGGGACCUUUCUGAAUGGAGCACAUGCCAACAUCUUGUGGCCAUCAGUUCUUAAAGCUGCCUUAAAUAACAUGCUACUGUGUAAAUAAUGAAUGAAAUGAGAGAGGAGUCGCUUGUUAGUACUUAAGAGAUGCGUCACCAUCUCUGCAGCUCUGUGUAGUGUUUUAAGACUCAUUUAACUCCCUUGUUUUGGUUGUACGGCUCAUUCUCUGUAUGAUUCACCUCGAGCUUUCUGGCGUUCUGGCAAAUUUUGAUCUAACAAGCAGAUUUUAUAAAACGUACUGAUCAGAUUCAUGACCUACAGAAGAUUUUAAUGACCCCAUGACUUUUCCUUUAGCGCCACCCUCAGGACAAACUUUACAAUUCUAGCUGCGCUAUUGGUGAAUAGAUAAGUUUAUUCGUCCUGUCCACAACUUUGAUAUAUCAUGUGAGGAAAAUUUGAGCCUUUUAGUGUUGUUUCAGUAUCAGUGUAGCAGACCAGGAGAGGAGGCACCUUUUAGUUUUUCCUGUGGAGACGCUCUUUAAAAUAAACAAAUCCCUCUGCUGCGCGUCUUUCCAGGAGUGAAACGUCUUCUGUUCGGGAGGAGCUAUGAUGACUUCAGUGAAGGCUACUUGUGUUUUAUGUUAAAAAAGAAAACUAUGUAAUAGGUUGGACUGUAGUGUUAUAUACUGUACCGCUGCUGUAGGGUCACUAACAUAGAUUGUAGAUUGUAGGCUGGAUUGAGUUACAGUUAGCUGCUCGGGGCGAGUGUAAAACAGCAGCAGCAACAGACUGGACCUUUCCCAGAAAGGUCAAAGGUCAGCGUGUGUGGAAGCAGCUGUGGAGAAGAUGUUUUGGUGUUUGUGUUUUUUGCCUUAUGAAUCAUUCAUAAGAGUAUUUACAUGCUCACAAAGUGCUAAGACUUGUUCUGCGCUGCUUUGUUUACUUUCAGUACUGCUGAUAUUUUUUUUCUGAAAAAGCAAUAAAACUU